UGUAGUAUCAGUGCUCAGCUGAAAAUUAAGGUAGAAACAUCCACAGGAAACCAACAAUGGCUGAUGGCCCAAGUGCUCUUGAGUUUGAGGAGGAUGAGGAGUGUUGGAUACGGCUGGAAGACCACAGAAUGCUUCUUAUUAGGACAAUUGAGCCUUCACGAAUAAUACCGUACCUUAGGCAGUGCAAGGUGAUUGACAGUGAGGAUGAAGAACAGAUUUACAAUGAUCCCAGUCUGGUUGUCAGAGGGCGAAAAGUAGAAAUGUGUUUUUGUCUAGGUGUGCUGCUGGAUCUCUUACAAAGGACGGGUAUAAAGGGCUAUGUGGCAUUCUUAGAGAGUCUGGAGUUGAACUACCCUCAACUAUAUCAGAAAAUCACAGGGAAGGAGCCUGCCCGGGUCUUCUCUGUACUGAUGGAUACAGCUGGUGAGUCAGGAUUAACUCAGUUCCUCAUGAGUGAGGUUACUCGCCUACAAAAAGCUUUUCAGGAUGAGCGCAAAGCGAGACUGAAAGCAGCAGUACGCACAACAGAGCAAGUGGAUGUCAUUCAGCGGCUUCAGACACGUGAACGUGAGCUUCACGUGCAGCAGGAGCGCGUCCAGCGAAUGAGAGAAGAGCGGGACCAACUCUGGAAUGAGGCACAACACUUGAAGGAUGAGAAUUACAGGCUGAUGCAUGAUGUGACUCGACUAAGUGAGGAGAAGAACUGCAGUCUCAUGUGUAAUCGAGACCUACAGCUGCAGAUUGAGAGACUGAAACACAGUUUAAUGAAUGCAGAGAGUAAUUCAAAGAUUCAACGCAAACAGACAAUGACACUGAAAAAUGCAAUGGAGCAGAGGCCCAGUCAGGAGAUGAUCUGGCAGCUGCAGAAGGAGAAUGAUCUCCUCAGAGCACAGGUCCAAGAGUUCCCGAGUUCUUCUCUGGUCCAGGAGCUCCAGAAUUCUUCUCAGGUCCAAAUUCCAACCGAACAGGAGAAGGUGAGCAUACAAACUAUGGAAGAAUUCAAAAAGCAAAGCCAGAAACAUCAUCAGAAGCUAGUAAAUAAUAUUUACGCACUACGCAGGGAACUACAUGAUGCUGAGGUGAUGCGUGAUAAGUACCUGGAGCAGAACGAUGAACUGGAGUUGAAGUGUGCAAUGUUUAAGAAAGACUCCAAAAUAUAUUGCCUUCGCAUGGAGGACAUCUUGAAGCAGUUGGAUGAAGUCAUCAUGGAGAGAGACAUGGCUAUUUCUGCGAGAGAAGAAUACCAUCAGGAGAACUGUAAAUACCUCCAGGACAAGGAUAGGUACCGGAAGCAGAUCCGGAAAAUGGGAGAGUGUUACGAUGAGCUGCAAGUCCAGCUCUUCCGGACUGAAGGAGAACUUUUCGCUCUUCAGGCAAAAUUCCGCAAACAGAAAGACUUGGAGGAGACAACAGCAACCUCGGAAGAAAGCUCUUUUCAGAGCUCAGCUGAGUUAAAAAGCCAGACAAGUGAGGAGGAUGCCAAGGAGAGUGAGCAGAAAGGUAUAAGUGAGGAUUCACAAAGCCCAACCUCAGGGGAGGAUAACGUAUGCAUAAGCAUCAAAGACCCUUGUCUUUCUGAGCCAAAGGAAGAAGACUUUAGGCAGUGGCUGGUUAAUGAGGAAGAACUGUCAAAUAGUUACAAGCUCAGACCACGAUGCAAUUUUUAUUACAGAAGGAAACGUGCUUUGAGAACAAAGGCUGUCAAAGAGUUUGCCAAAGAGCGCAUGCAGUCUGUUCUGGACAACACCAGCGGGAGUGAUAACACAGACACAGAUGGGAUGUAACCUAAACACAACCCAGCCAGGGACAAACAUGUUGCCUUUGCUGAACAGCUUGGGGUGAGGUCAAAAGCUGAAGAUGAAAACAAUGUCGACGUCCACAAAAAAAAGUGCCAUUGUACCACCUAUUGAUGAUCCACCAGACGACAUGUAAAAAGUCUCCUAAUUAAGUUUGAAACGUUUCACAAUUUUACACAAAUUAUAAUAAAAUGC